AUGGCCGCGCCCAUGGUGUUAGCUAUGGCGGCAUUUUUCAACUGGAAAUUGCUUUUUGUUAUUAGUACAGCAUUUUUAUUAUCUAUGUCUGUAAAUGAAGGUGCAAGACUAAGUGAUCCAAAGGUUUUGAUGCCCUUUUAUAGUUCCGUGGUGACGAAUUUUACCUUGAAAAUUAAUUUAACGAGAGAUGAGGCCCGGACACCAAGUUGUUACACCUGGCGGAGCAGCCGUCUCGAUGUUGCUACAGUACAAUUAAUAAACAGUACAGACAAUGAAUGUGCCCUGUCAGCAGAAAUAUCAGCGGUGUCAAAGUCAUCCAUGCGUAAAACAUCUAUUGUCCUUGUGGAAAAUAAAGUGACUGGUGAAGUGUUGAAGUGUAUCGUGAUUGUGGAUGAGCUUUCUCGCAUUGAGAUUGAGACAACCACCCGACUUCUGUACCUGGAAGACUCGCCUGAAGAAAUGAUCGUCAGAGGAUAUGAUUCUGAUGGAAAUGUAUUUUCCAGUCUACAAGGACUGGAAUUUGAAUGGAGUCUACACUCUGAUACCUCUGGUAGCCAUGACGACAUUGUGGAUGCUAACUCAAUAUUAAGGAUCUUGAAGUUCAGUGAUUCACACUACACGACACCAAUUCACAUUGAGAAGUUAGAAGAUCGUGACAGACAAGGGGACGUUAUCCUGGUCGAGGGCAUGAAGACUGGUAGUGCCUUUGUGUGGGCUAAACUGACGGACCCAGUUCACUCUAGUGUAGCUCACAGCAGUGUCCGCCUGAUGGUAAUAGCCAAUCUGAUUGUGAGUCCACCUGAAGCCUAUAUACUCAAGUUUGCCACUGUCAAGUACAAGGUGGAACAGAUACGACAAAACUCUGUUGUUGCAAUUACAAUGCCGUCUGCACAAUUUUACCUGGAAGCGGUAGAAAGUGGAAUCUGCAAUCUCGACCCUACGACUUCAGUAGCUACAGCGCUGGAGCUCGGUGAAACUGAGGUCAAACUCAUUGACAAGAACAUCAAGGUAUCUGACCAGCUGGUUCAACCCUCGGCUAUUCUCCAUGUUGUCAGUGCUAGCUAUCUUGGCUUCACGGUGUUGCCAGACAGGAAGUGGGUGCUGGAGACAGGGCGUGUAUACACCAUCUUGAUUGAUGCCUAUGACCUGCACAGUCACAAACUACACCCCUCUGAUAAUGUGAUGAUUGAAUCUAUGUUCCCAGAGAAGUACUUUGAGGUUCUAUUUUCUACCAAAAAUGGCACCUACCAUGUGGUUCGAACUCUUAAGAAAGGGGAGACAGACUUGGAGGGAUCACUAGAUACUGUCAUCAAACAGGAUGGCUCAGAGUUUAAGAUCACUCCCGCCCUAAGUCAGACGCAGUUUGUAGAGAUAUUCGACCCCAUCGUUGUGCGGCCAGAACUACUGUUCUUUCCAUGGGAUCCAGUUAAACAACUCUCACACAAAUAUCAGCUGGCGGCAUCUGGUGGUAGUGGAGAUUACAUCUGGAGUUCCAACGAUCCAACUGUGGCCACAGUGAACAAGUACGGAGAGGUCACGACAUCUAACCUUGGAGAGACUGAGGUCACAGCUGCUGACAGGAGAAAUACACUCCACAAGGGUACCGCUAAGAUCCACAUCCUACCUCCCUCCGGCAUGGAGUUCCGGCCUGAGCGUGUUGAAGUUGUGGUAGGGAGUUACCUGCCCUUGCCACUCGACGUGCAGACGAUACUCGGGGGUCGGGUGUACUCGUUCCAUGACUGCAGGAAUAUGCCCCUUAAUGUGACAUUCUCCGAUCCUUCUGUAGUGGAACUUGUGAAAGGUUUUUCCAGUCUAGCGGAAGGCAGUUGCACAACAGUCAAGGUGAAGGCCUUACAGCAAGGUCACACAAAGGUUAAGGUCACAUACAGUCAUGGCAAGGUCAUCCUGGACUCAAGCAUCACCAUAGCAACAUAUGAGCCUUUGGAGCCCAUUGACCCAGAAAAGGAGGCAGUUGUGACCUUGGGCUCAUCGAAGGAGGUCGUGUUCUCUGGUGGACCACAACCUUGGGUUUUAGACUCUUCAAAGUAUUUCCAAAUACCUCAUAAUGGAGGGAAAAAAGUGAGUUCUGGAGAAUCCAAAAAUGUACUGAUUCACCCGGUGAAGACCAUUGGAAGUCUAAAGCGGGUCCACACUUUCUUUGUGACUUGUAAGAACUAUGGGGAACAGACACUGACCCUUCGUGUAGGGAAUGAGAAGACAGCCAAGAACCAGAACCCUGCUGUAGUGGAAACUUCUGUCAGUUUUGUGUGUGCAGAACCAGUGGAGAUCCACUUGCAGCCAGACAUAGAGCUCCCAAGAGACCUUCCACCCUGCCCCGCUUCCAGGGAGCCCAACGCACAAAUCCCAGUUUAUUGCAAGAAAUCCCUGGACAUCCUAGUAUCUGUGACAGACAAAAAUGGCCGCAAGUUUGACAACAUUUCUUCCCUGGAAUUUGACUGGUCACUGUCCGACACCUCACUAGCCUCAUUACCAUAUGACCUUGAAAGUGAGGUCACCGUCACCCUGACUGGUCGAAAGAUUGUGUCCAACACAAUGUUACUGCGUCCCAAUGGCGUGCCGGGCCUGGAGACAAUCACUGUCAGUGUCAGCAGCUACAAGCAGGAGUACCUCAAUGCUGCCAAGUCCACCCAGAGUGCAAAGAUAACUCCUACUAUCACAAAGACGCUGGACUUGCGGCUAGUUGAGGAAGCAGUCGUCUCCCCUGAAACACUGGCCGUGUUUAACCACCCUUCAAACAAGGUUGCUGUGGAUAUAGACAGGGGGUCGGGCUACUUCUAUGUAGUGGAAGGGCGGACAGAAGUUAUUGAUCUUAAAUAUCAGGAGAAGGCCAAAAAGAUUCAGAUAAUUCCCAUAAAGGAUGGCCAGCUGACAGUGACUAUUUAUGACCUUUGUAUAGCAACCAGUCAGCCCGCUCAGAUAACAGUUACUGUGUCAGGAGUGGGAAGUGUGCAGUUAUAUGUCAUGGACAAGGUUGAGGUGGGACAAGAUGUUAAGGCCCGGGUGGAGGUUCUCGAUGUGUCUGGGGAAAGACUGUAUGCUAGUUUCUUCCCCUUGAUGGGACUUAACCUCCUGGCAGCCUCCGACAUUGUCACUCUUAAACGAGACCAGGCCAGUGCCCCAGACAAAUACUCAGCCUUGUACACCGUCCAUGGUAGCGUUGUGGGACACACCACACUAAAGGCCAUUGUCCAGUUGCCGGACAGAAGUAAUGUAACCAGUGCAGUCCGACCUGUUGAAGUUUUCCCGCCUCUAGAGCUCAUACCCCGGAACAUUACGCUGAUCAUUGGGGCACUUUUCCAGGUGUUGAGUCGUGGAGGUCCACGCCCUCAGUGUACAGUGGAGUACAGUAUACGGAACAGCGAUAUCGCUUUAGUAUCGAGCAGUGGUCUUCUUAAAGCCCAGGAGCUAGGAGCAACCAGGGUCGUAGGUCAAGCCGUGGGGCAGGAUCCAGAGACGGGGGGAACUGUGGUUUACUCUCAGGAUGAGGCGAUAGUGAAUGUUGUACGUCUCGUGGGAGUCAAAAUCCAUGCUCCUCUUACACGUCUACAGUCUGGUACAACAAUGCCGAUGUUUGCUGUUGGUCUGACAGAGCACGAGACUCCAUUCAUGUUUGGAGCAUCCGUCCCUCCUUUCUCAUUCAAGUGGACUGUGAACAAGAAAGAUGUUGCACACCUACAGUCGGUCUACCAUAAGAGCAAUAUAAGCCCUGGACAGGAAGGUAACUUUGGAAGCCAGUUGGUUGCCAUUGAGACAGGUCAUGUAUCAGUGAGACUGCAGGUGACCCCAGUCAAAGGUCAAGGUCAAGUUGUGGGGGAUGACGUGUUGACUGAUGAAUUACAAGUACAGGUGUUUGAGGAGCUGGUGAUGUUACAGCCGCGAGUCUGUGACGGCGAUCUGCUUAUGACGCCCAACACUGAGGCUGUCCUCAAAACCAACCGGGAUGGAGGAGCCCAGAUGUCGUAUGAGGUAGUGGGACAAGGCCGUGAAGUGGCGACAGUGGUAGAUGGUGUGUUGAUAUCUGGUCCCACCCAGGGACAGGCAGCCCUCCAUGUUACAGCUAUGGAGGAGUCAGGUGUGGUCCAGACACUGGUUGUCAUGGUGAAGGUCAAACCUGUUUCCUACCUCAUGAUCAACUCGGACACACAACUCCGCACAUCUGGCCAAACUCUGAGUACUGUGCCAAGGGGAGCAACCCUUCUCUUUACAGUUACCUACCAUGAUGAUGUAGGGGCGUCUUUCUAUUCAACAAAUAUUGACAUGAGGUUCCGCUGUAGCAGAUAUGACCUGGCACAAGUCAACCAUGGCCUGGAUAAUAACACCAUUGUCAUGAAAACUGCUUCAGUUGGACAAACCAUCCUUAAAGUCUGGGACAAUUACAAGCCAUGGUUGAUGGAUUACAUCAAUGUUCCUGUGGGUAAUGCCAUAGAACCUGCCCUGCCCAGUCUUAGUGUUGGAAGUGUUGUCUGCUUCACCGCUCCACUCACUACAGACAAUGGUUUGCCAGGCACAUGGAAGGGCAGCAAGGGGCUAGUAGUUGACAUAAAAUCAGGGAUCUCCAACGCCCAGCACCCUGGCCCUGCCUCCCUCACAUACACUGUGUCAGACGAUGUCCUCACUUCAACAGAGGUUCAGCUGGAGCCAGUAGGGAUUGUGACAAUGGAGAGUGGGUCAGAGUUUGUAUCCACGGUAACAAAGAAUGGGGACACAGUCUUUACAGUCUAUGUGAAUCUUGGAGACACCCCCACUGUACAAGGAUCUGGCUGUUUGUCUCUGAUAUCAGAGCAGAACUACAAGCCGCCCAGCAUGCCCUUCACGUGUGACCUUGGCCUCAACUACGGAGGACAGAACUUGGACAUUGGGGAUCUCUUUACCAUAAAGCCUGUCUUCAUUUCUAAACAAGGUCGAUACGCUUGUCAGAUCAAACCAGUCUCAUCUACAUCAACAUCAAAAAUCAGCACAGCCGAAAUCAGUGUGGUUGUCACGGCAACUGUCACAGAGUUCAAAGGUCAACGAGAGGUGAAGGCCAAGCCCCUGUCCUUGCCUUUCUUGCCCCCUUUUCACAUCCACAACACUGAGAUACACGUGUCCACACUUACUCCACUGUCUAGUGUACGAGUUUCAACCAAUGUGAAAAUGGCUUCACAAAUACAGGUUGUGGUCAGUGAUCCCUCCAUUUUGGAAGCCUUGCCUCCAGAGAGUGAUGCCCAGUCUAAUGACAUCAUCAUCUAUCCAAUCAAAUUGCUUAACUCAGUUGCAUUGUGGGAAAGAGAGCAGCUGGAUGUAUGGGUCAAUCUGAUUGGUCGAAAGACAGGUCAGAAGGUCAAGAUUCCAGUUUUCAUCCGUCUGAUUGGUCAGAAGCCAGACAUAUCUAGUUUGGGAGAUGUUGGGUGGAGGAAGCUGUUUUCAUCCAUUCUUCACAACUACCAGUAUUGGUUUAUACUGCUCAUCAUCAUUUUUGUUACUGCACUGACAGUAUUAUUUGGUUACCAUGCUGUGUAUGGCCCUCGUUAUAAUGCAGCUGCCAACACAAGCUUUGUUCAGUCACCUAAGGGCUCCCCAGUCCCUCAAAACUACAGUCCUAGUUCUCCACCUGCGUACAGCUCUUAUUAUGCAUCCCCAACCCCUAAAACUCCUAUGUUGUGGUCAACCUACCAGCCUCUAGAUGGGAAUUCUCCAGCCAGGCGUCGGUCCCCAGUCCCGCGAUACAGCCCUUCUUGAUGAACCAAAAACCAGUAUAGUGGAGAGGUUUCAGCCCUUCUAGAUGAACUGGGAACCAAAUAAAGGAGGAAAUUAAGUACUAUUUGAUGGAAACACUUGAAAGUCUCAGGUUAAGGAGAAAUCAGCAUUGUGGUCUAUUUCUGUUAAAAGUUCAUUGUUUGAUUGUACUGAAUGUAAAUAACAUGUUGAACAUGCAUGUCAUUGAAACAAUUUUCGUUAUGUAGAACAAUAAAAAAGUAAUUGUUAUAAUUUGAUACAAACAGGAUGUAGAGUGGUGAAAUGUUAUUUAAUUUACUAAAAAUAUAACUAAUUAAGAAGACUAUCAAUUUUCCACCUUUUGUGUGAAAUUUUAAAAUCUCCAUGGUUACAAGUAAUUUUCGUAUUAAAUGUUUAUGAUCAGGAAAAACUGAUUUAUUCCACAGUGGAAUUAUAUCGAAUAAUGCAAACAUGGUCAUUGAAGAUAUACUGGCUGCCAGAUUGUGUGAGGUUUGUGUAGCCUGGAUUUAAUAGUUCUGAAUAAUUGAAUUUACAUGUAUAUGCCUUUAAAUGCUGUGGUCCUUUGAGAAUAAGAGUGUAUCUUUGCAGUUAAGUAUUUUGAUGAAGCACAGUUUGUGUUAGGAAAAGUUGUGAAAGUGUUUAGAACCCUUUGUCUGAUUUUCUUUCUCAUAUCAUUUAUUUUUUGUUUUUAAAUUUAAAAGAGGGUGAGAGUGGUCUAGUGGUAAGAGUCAGACUCUCAUCUUAAAAGUCUUGACUUAGAUUCCUACUAGUACCGGGGUUGUACUUUCUCAUUGCCUCUCAAAAAGGACAUCAGUACUGUUGUCCUCUCAGGAAAUGGGCUCAACUGUGAUCCAUGGUAACACUCAGCUUCACAAUCAAGCUUUAAUAAAUGAGUAUAAACUAAAAUUUGAUCCCUUUAGUAUACAUGUGCAUAAUACAUUCCAAUAAGGUCAUGCCAUGUUUCCAAGAAGGCUCGCAAAGAUAGUUCCCAUCCAGAGAUAGGGCUACCUUAAAUCAUAGCUAAAGAGUAGCUCUUUUAUGCAAAAUGAAGAAUUCCAUGUUUGAUUUAUUUUUAAAAAGAGUAGCACAUUGUCUGGUUGAGAAAAAAAAGAAUAUAUUUAGUAAGGGUGGACUUGUUUGAAGCUCAUUUAUUCAGGAUAUUCUAAUUGGCAGCACAUUUUGUGGUUGUAUGCAAUGAUUACUUGCCUAUGAUAGUUUUUACUGGCAAAUGAAUUAUUUUACCUAUUGAAUGUUAUGAUAUUAAUCUUGGAAAUUCAAUUUCAACACCAUGGUAUAGUGAUAUGUUAAGGAAUAUAAGUUUUAUUAUUUGUUAUUCAUAAACUUAACUUACAAAUCUAGUGCUAUUUCCAGGAGAUAAUUUUUUAAUGUUAUUGUCAUGACAAUUCGAGCAAAAAAUGAUUUCACUUUUAGAAUUGUUCAUUAAUAUCUGUUCAACCAAAAGUUUGCUUUGAUUAACAUGUGUUCAUUCUGUAAGUAUUUGCUAUAAAAGUUUAUGCUUUUACAACAAUGAUAGUAUUUUGUUUCAUAUUUUGUAAACUUGUAAUAGAUAUAGUUGUUGUACUUUUUUGUUUGUUUGCAUUUCGUUAUGAAACAAUUCCUUAUUUUGUAUUUUGUGUUAAAUACUUGUAGUUAUUAGUUAGCAAAUCACUGCCUACUGGGGUCAUCAGUAAUUGAUAAACUGGGAUAUUGUUGCUUCCCAUUAUGAUAAUUAACCCAUACAGGUACUGCUUAAAUGCUUGGGGUGGGGAGAGGUGGAAUGUUGGACACCCCUUGUUCCUUGAGCGGAGGAUUGGAAAUUUCCCUUACUCUGUCACUAAUAUGCAUGUUCAAAGGAGUUCCAUAUUAUUCACUGUUCUCUUGUAAGCUUGAACACAAGACAAUGUGUAGGUAUCAAUAAUAAUAAUAACUACACAUUUCCCAAAACUGGAAACAAAUGCCAAAUUUCGCUAGGGGUACUGCGACUUUCAUGGUUGACAAGGUUUUGGGUCGGUAGUAAUUUUAUUAAUCCAAAUUUCAAGGAUUAUACUUAAUAGAUGUUCAUUAAGGGGGUCCCAGGGAUGCAUUGUAAAUUGGGAGUCCCUUUCCAGAAAUUUGCUACAGGAAGAAGGAUUUCUGCGUUGAGGAAAAACAUGAAUAUGCUAUCAUUCUUGUAGAGUAUUUUCAUAUCAAAAUUGCAAAACAAUCUCAUACAGUCCAGGAGGGGUCUUUUGUUUGCAUAUUGCCAUAAACCCUUCGAUAUAGUUUUUGGACUACAUUCUUUAUAAAGUUAUAGCAUUUCCUUGUGUGAAAUGAUUUAGAAACUCUACAUCGUCUCAGUUCAUGUUAGAAACAAGUUGUAUAACAGUAGGUUUAUAAUGAUUUAUCAUUCUAGUUUGUAUAUUGUUUCCUUUUGAGUUUAUUAUCAUAUCAUUAUCAUGUGGACAUUGCCUCAUGAUUUGUUUCAUUUGCUCAUCAAUAUGAAUACUAGCGAUCAUGUCAUUUUGUCACUGCCUAAUAAAGUGUUUUGUAUA